GUGAAAGCUCAUUGUAAACAUUGCCUGGCGCUGCUUAAAGAUCACGCUUCUUCAAGUUUGAGAAAAUGUCGGAAAUAUCAGAAGAAAACAUUAAGAAAGCAGAAGAAAUUAAAAGCGAAGCCAAUGAGUAUUUUAAAAAACAGCAGUAUGACAAGGCCAUAGAACUUUAUACAGAGGCGAUAGAACUGAACAACACUGUAGCUGUCUAUUAUGGAAAUCGCAGCUUUGCAUACUUGCGUACAGAAUGUUUUGGCUAUGCUCUUCAGGAUGCUUCCAAGGCCUUGGAACUUGAUAAAAACUAUGUUAAGGGUUACUAUAGAAGAGCUUCAGCUUACAUGUCACUUGGAAAAUUUAAGCUUGCCCUUAAGGAUUAUGAAACAGUUACAAAAACACGUCCAAAUGAUAGAGAUGCAAAGGUGAAAUACAACGAAUGCCAGAAAGUUGUCAAGAUGCUCAUGUUCCAGAAGGCCAUUGCUGUGGAUGAUGAUAAAAAAUCUAUUGCAGAAGCUAUAAACUUGGAAUCUAUGGUCAUAGAAGAUGAUUAUGUUGGACCAAGACUUGAGGAUGGAAAGGUGACUGAACAUUUUAUGAAAGAAUUAAUGGAAUAUUAUAAAGCUCAGAAGAAACUCCAUCGGCGAUAUGCAUACAAGAUAUUGCUAGAUGUGAAAGAACACUUGAUGAAGCAGCCAACAUUGGUUGAUGUCACCAUUCCUGAUGAUGCGAAGUUCACUGUGUGUGGUGACAUUCAUGGCCAGUACUACGAUCUCAUGAACAUUUUUGAACUGAAUGGUCUACCAUCAACCACAAAUCCCUAUCUGUUUAAUGGAGACUUUGUUGAUAGGGGUUCAUUUUCUGUUGAAUGUAUAUUUGUAUUAUUUGGUUAUAAGCUACUCCUACCUAACCAUUUCUUCAUGUCUAGAGGAAAUCAUGAAAGUGUAACUAUGAAUCAGAUGUAUGGGUUUGAAGGAGAAGUUAAGGCUAAAUACACAGCACAGAUGGCAGAACUCUUCACUGAAGUAUACAACUGGCUGCCUCUUUGUCACUGCUUGAAUUCCAGGGUUUUGGUGAUGCAUGGGGGCCUGUUUUCCUCAGACAAUGUAACUUUAGAUGAUAUCAAAGCCACAGACAGGAACCGACAGCCUCCAGAAGAAG